UUUUAUUGCUAAAAAAUGUACAGAUCUCUAUAAAUACCAAGAAUUUUAAAAUAAUUGAUUUUGACUAUAAAAUCGAAUACUUUUCUAUCAAAAUGAUUCAAGGUCCAGUUUUCAAGUAGCGGCAUAUGCACACCUGACGUGAAUAUAUCCUGAUCAGCUAGAGAACAUUGAGAAGGUCAGAAACUAAGUCAUCUGCAGUACGCUACGCAGCUGCGCCGUAUGUGCCGUGCGCUCGAUUUGUGACCGCCACAAUAGUCAUACUGAUCAGAAUUUAUUUACGUACUAAGAAUGGACAAUAUUUACAAAAUGCCUCGAAAACCGGAAAUUGAACCAGAAGAUUUGCAAUCACAACUUAUAGAAUGGCCUUCUAUUUUUUAUGAAAAUAAAUUAGUGGGUAAUAAACAUCCAGUAUGGCUUGAGAUUAAAACAAAUUUGGGAUUGAGUAUGACAGCCAGUUCACUUCACUUAUAUGUGUAUAAUAAUCGCCAUCAGAUUAAAUCAUUUCUGGAAAAUCAUUUUGGAAUCGCACCAAUGGCACAUAAAAAUGAAAGAAAAAGAGCCAUAGCUGAGGAUCCAGAUUAUGCUGUUAACACUGAUAAGAACCCACUGCAUUGCGAUGCACUUGAUUUUAAUUUAACAAUACCAGCAAAUCAAUUUAUUGAAUCAUUACUCGACAAAAAAAAGGCAGAUAGUUGGUUUGCCAAUCUUCAUUCAGCAAUUGUUCGAACACAAGGCUUACCUUGUGCAUAUGAUUAUAGAAAUGGCUAUAUUACAAAAGAAAAUUUCAAAUUUAGUGGUACGUGUAGUGACUGCAAAACUACGAUAAGAGGUGAAAGUGAACCAAUCGAACGUUUAGAAAAAGACUUAAAAAUAACUGUACACACCUUUUCUACACGUUCUAUACCACACACAAAGAAAAAAAAAUUUCUGGUGAAAACAGAAAAAAAAUCAAAGCUAUUUUAUUAAACAAAUUACCUGGAGAUUAUAGGUUAGAGCUAAUUGGUGCUGCAAAACCUAUUUAUGAAACUGCUGACUUGGAUACAACCUUAAAAUAUAGGAAAAUAAGAGAAGAGGCCAAAAAUGAAGAUAUCGGAUAUAAUAAAGUGAAAUCUUUAUCAAUAUCUGACAGAACUUUCAUCACAUACUGUAAUAUUCGCAAGUUUUCAGUCAAUCCAUUCCACAUAUUUUAUUGGACUGAUAAGAAGCUACAAUUUUGGAAUCAAGUACAAAACCAAAGGAUGCCUUUAUCGAUUGAUGCCACAGGAAGCCUUGUCAAAAAAUACUCUUAUAAGAAUGGCAUAAAAAGUAAGUCCAUUUAUUAUUAUGUAUUAGUGGUUGGAUUAGCAGGUAAAAUAAUACCGCUCCUACAAGGUCUCCUAUCAAUUCAUUAUGUUUCCAUAAUCCAAGAACUUUUGAGUACAUGGAUAGAAAAUGGUGCCAAAAUUCCAAAGGAAAAAAAAAUUAAAUCUCUACAGCAGUUUAAGGAUAUUGUCAUAUCAAUAAUUAUUAUUUCACAAAGCUCUGUAAUCCAAUCUGAAUGUUCCAGAAGAAAAAAGUUAUUGAAUGAGAUAUUUCAAUCAUUUGAAUAUGAUUUCGACAAAUUUGCUUAAGAGUGUC